AUGGCCACCGUCACCUCUGCAGUCCGCUCAUCCAUCAACCAGGCAUUCGAGUCGCUCGGGCUCAACGGCACGACGCCGUCCAAGGCAUCCCCCGCCAGCAACGGGACCGUCAAGGUGUCGAGCGCAGAGGCCAUCGCGCUCGAGCACGAGUACAGCGCACACAACUACCACCCUUUGCCCGUCGUCUUCGAGCGCGCCGAGGGCGCUCUCGUCUGGGAUCCCGAGGGCAAUGAGUACCUCGACUGCCUCUCCGCCUACUCCGCCGUCAACCAAGGCCACUGCCACCCUCACAUCGUCAAGGCACUCACGGAGCAGGCGCAGAAGCUCACGCUCAGCUCAAGGGCGUUCCACACUUCGAGUCUUGGACGUUUCACCAAGUACCUGACCGAGCUCACCGGCUUCGAGAUGGCCCUCAUGAUGAACACGGGCGCCGAGGCCGUCGAGACGGCGAUCAAGGUCGCGCGCAAGUGGGCCUACAAGGUCAAGGGUGUCGAGAAGGACAAGGCGAUCGUCCUCUCGGCGGAGAACAACUUUCACGGCCGGACCAUCGGCAUCAUCUCGAUGUCCACCGACCCGGAAGCAACCAACGACUUUGGCCCGUUCGUUCCCCUGAUCGGCCCGCACUGCCCGUACACCAAGGGUGACGAGGGUCGCAUCCCUUACAACGAUGUUGCGGCGCUCGAGAGGGUGUUGGACAAGCAUGGGAAGGACGUCGCGGCGUUCUUGGUUGAGCCGAUUCAGGGAGAGGCCGGCAUCGUGGUCCCGGACGACGACUACCUCGAGAAGGUCCAGGCGCUGUGCAAGAAGCACAACGUCCUCCUGAUCUGCGACGAAGUCCAAACCGGUCUCGCACGAACGGGCAAGCUCCUCUGCUUCCAGCACAACCCGCGCGUCAAGCCCGACAUGGUCCUCCUCGGCAAGGCGCUCUCGGGUGGUGUCUACCCCGUCUCGGCGGUCUUGUCGCGCAAGGAAGUGCUGUUGACGAUCAAGCCGGGAGAGCAUGGGUCGACGUACGGUGGUAACCCCCUCGCAUGCGCGGUCGCCAAAGCCGCCCUCGAAGUGAUCGUCUCGGAAGACCUCUGCGCUCGCGCCCAACGGCUCGGCGAGAAGAUGCGUGCUGGGUUGCGCGACUUGAUGGGCGUUGGGCCGGAGGGCGGGUGGAUCAAGGAAGUCCGUGGAAAGGGACUGUUGAAUGCGAUUGUGAUUGAUCAGGCGAAGAGCAAGAAGGGGAGGUCGGCGUGGGAUUUGUGCUUGGUCAUGAAGUCGAAGGGUGUCCUCGCCAAGCCUACCCACGUCAACAUCAUCCGCCUCGCGCCGCCCCUCGUCAUCACGGAUGAGCAGCUCGACACGAUCCUCGCGCGCAUCAAGGAGUCGCUCGCCGUUCUCGAGGAGCUCGACACGAUCCCGGGCGCGGACGAGGACCACAAGGCGGCUGACGAGCCCAGCAUCGACCUGUGA